AUGCACAAAAAACUCUUCGUAGGGGUACCCGAGGGAGUAUCACUCACGCUGGAGGGUACGGCAGAAGAGAAAAAGGAAGAGGCGUCUAAGGAGGAGAAAAAAGAAGAGGCAGCAGAAGAGAAAAAAGAAGAGGCAGCAGAAGAGAAAAAGGAAGAGGCAGCAGAAGAGGAGAAGGAAGAAAAGAAGGAAGAGGCGGCAGCGGACGCGGGACCAGCGUCAACAUGUCCCAAGAAGUCUGAGGAUCUGAAGACAGUCUACGAGCUCAAAGCUUGCGCUUAUGCUGCAAUCUGAAGAAUAGAAAUAGAGCCGUCUUCAUCGAAGUCGAACGUCAAGACUGUAGAUUAAAGUGUCACAAGAUGUUGAAAAAGAAGAAUAAUAUAUAUUUAGCAUAUGAAUAUCAAUCUUCAUUUUCCCUCAGAUGCCGCAAAGAGACUGGGAGAUAUGACCACGAAGUUGAAGACAGCGUCGUGUCUGGAGAUCUUCAAGCAAUGUCGGAGUAAUGUUAAGGAAUCGAAGGUCAUUUGUUGGCGUUACGAACAUUCUAUUAUACCUUGCAGACUCCCUAUCUUGGACCGUGAUAGCCCUUAAUCAUCUUGAUCUUUUGCUGUAGUGAGACCUCAUGCACACAGGUAGCCCCUAUACCUCACGAAGAGGCACAUCAAUCAAUCAAUUUUGUUGUAGUGAGACAGAACAACGACUAAUGCUGCUCCUGAUAUUAGAAUUCUCAAUAAUACCAGGAGCAGCAUUAGUCGUUGUAUUCAUGAUAGAUAUUAACAUUGUGUCCACAAUAGAAUCUAGACUUUAAUCUAUUGAGUAGAUGAUUUCAAUUCAGUCCUCGUAUGCUCCUCUAGACCGAGGAGCAGAGUACUCAACUCGAAGUAUCAUCGAAAGUAUUCAACUAGAAAUCUAGACCAGGGAGCAGAGUAUUCAACUCGAAGUAUCAUCGAAAGUAUUCAACUAGAAAUCUAGACCAGGGAGCAGAGUAAUCAACUCGAAGUAUCAUCUAGAAGUACUAGUUCAUGCCACGUCUAAGAAUGAGCAUGGCAUGAAGGAGGUGGGGGAUGAGGGCAAGAAGACUGGCGCGAGAAGCGAUUUUUGGGAUCUAGAGAUGUGGAACAAAAAAUGCGCGGAUGUUCUAUUCGAAAUGGAAAAUUAUGGUCAAUAUUUCUUUUGCACAGAAAUUAUAGGAGUAUCAUGAGUAACCACUAACUACACUCACAGAAGAUCACAGAAGUUUCAGGGAACAAAUCGUGUGUCCCGCCGAACCGCAAAGCGUCUUCAACUAACACUCAGAGGACAUGAAGAAAGGUAAAAACACAACAAGUGAAAGAGAACAAGAACGUGAAGGGAUCAUUAUAGUGCUUUUACUAACUCUUCACGUACUAGUCGCAGCCAGGUAGAUGAGCCAGCUGGAUUUCUCAGAAACAAAAAUGUAAUUAUAUAUCAGUAUCUUUAUAAAUACUUGCGGCGAUUUUCGUUUUUGAGUACUAGACCAUGACCACCUAUUCUUGUUUGUUUGUCUUGAUGCGCUCCGGCUCCGGGCAACGCGUACGAUCACGCCGGUUUUCUUCUUUCUUCGUGUGUUUUGUGCUAUGGUGGCCGCAGCGACUAUGAUGUUCCUAGCCUUGCUGUUCUUCUAAUAAGAAGGAGAUAAGGACAAGGGCGAUGACAAGGACGCCAAAGAAAUGGAGCAGGAUGGUCUUAAGGCACCCGAUGGAGGACCCUCAACAUCAUCCUUGGCUUGGUGGCGGUGCGGCUAGUUACUUCCUCUGCAACAGGAGGGAAAAAAUCUCUUCAACAGCACACAUGCUAGUACCUUAUUGAGGGGGGAUCUUCCUUGACUAUUUUCCUAAGGGGAAGAGCGAGGCGCGGCCAAGGAUGCAGUUGUCAGGGUUGUUGCGAACGCGGUAGCUCUAAGGAUCACGCCGACGGGGGUUUUUCCUCUUUCUCAGCAUUACAACUACAGGUGCUGAGAACUGCGUGUAGUGGAAAGAAAGAUAGUGAUAGCCACGGUCUCUGCAAGAAGUUACACGCCGCAAUCGCAAAUAACGAAGAUGAUUUGGUACUACUUACUCUUAUAUUAAUGAUUUGCUGCAUCUUCCUCUGUCUUCUAAGUAAAUCAAAAAAUUCAAAUCUUUCACUAGCUUCAACUAGAGCAUAGCCAUUUGACGAUCAUCCCCAUCCGGAUGAUCCCCUCCAGGCAACAGAAGCCGCAGCAUGGGUGAAAGAGGAGGAAGAACCGGCACCAGGCCACUCUCCGACACCUCCAGCCAAGAAGAAGGAGCAAAAUCUAGCCAACCUCUUCAAGAAAGACGAAGCGGCCAAAAAGAAGGAGCUGCCGGACGAGAGUUGGUUAGUUAUGGUGAGAAUUAGAUACUCGAAAACUGAAAAUAACCGAGUUACUGACUGA